GACCCUGAAUUCACUAUAUCUAGUCUCCUCGGACCCUGCAUUCACUAUAUCUGGUCUCCCCGGACCCUGCAUUCACUAUAUCCGGUCUCCUCGGACCCUGCAUUCACUAUAUCCGUUCUCCUCGGACCCUGCAUUCACUAUAUCUGGUCUCCUCGGACCCCGCAUUCACUAUAUCUGAUCUCCCCGGACCCUGCAUUCACUAUAUCCGAUCUCCCCGGACCCUGCAUUCACUAUAUCCGUUCUCCUCGGACCCUGCAUUCACUAUAUCUGUUCUCCCCGGACCCUGCAUUCACUAUAUCUGAUCUCCCCAGACCC